ACAUGUAGGGGAAAUCACUCUGGAAAUAAUAGAUUUUAGACCUACACCAUACCACGUUCUUUGGCUACACUUACAGCUUAGUCAUAACUGUGUAUAACAUCUUUUUUAGUCCAAGUCGCAUAUGCUCUUGGUUCUAAGAAAUCACAAUGGAGUAUCUAGACAGCAGUGGCGCUAUCCGAGAACAACAUUAUUCUCUAAUAUCCUGUUGUCGAUGUGGCCUGCAAAUAGAACCUAACCCUACAAACAUGUGCGUUGACUGUCUUCGCUCAGAUGUUGACAUCACAGAGGAUAUACCAAAAACAUCGGCUCUUUCAUUCUGUCGGGGCUGUGAAAGAUAUUUACAACCCCCUAAUCAGUGGAUAAAAGCUGGCUUAGAAUCUAGAGAGUUGUUAUCUAUUUGCUUGAAGAAACUUAAGGGCCUUAGCAAGGUUAAAUUGGUUGAUGCAGGUUUUGUAUGGACAGAGCCCCACUCAAUGAGAGUGAAAGUAAAGCUUACUGUACAGAAAGAGGUGAUGAAUGGAGCUCUUCUACAGCAAGUGUUUGUGGUGGAGUAUGUGAUCCAGUCUCACAUGUGUGAUGACUGUCACAGGGUCGAGGCCAAAGAUUUUUGGCGUGCUGUGGUCCAAGUCAGACAAAAGUGUGACCACAAGAAGACAUUUUUCUACCUGGAGCAGCUUAUCUUGAAACAUAAAGCCCAUCGCAGUUCAGUGAACAUUAAACCUAUGGCAGAUGGCCUGGAUUUUUUCUUCAGUAAACAAGAUGAUGCUAGAAAGUUGGUUGACUUUCUUCAGACUUAUGUGCCUAGCAGGUCUGUGACAGGUAAAGAGCUAGUGUCACAUGACAUUAGGAACAACAAGUACACUUACAAGCACACUUUUUCUGUGGAGAUUAUUCCCAUCUGCAAAGAUCACAUCAUCUGUUUACCACACAAGACAGCCCAGCAGAUGGGGAGCAUCAGUCCUCUGUGUAUUGUCUUGAGAGUCACCCAGACCAUCCAUGUGAUAGACCCUAACACACUACAGAUGGGUGAGCUGAGCUCUGCCAACUACUGGAGACAGCCCUUCCAGGCCCUGGUGUCACCCAAACAGUUGAUAGAGUACAUGGUCAUGGAGGUGGACAUUGUGUCUGACAGGGACAGGCCCUUCCGUCAUAGGAUGUCUACUAAGCAUGUUUUAGCAGAUGUCUAUGUGGCUAGGAUGAGCGACCUGGGGGUCAACGAACAACAGUUCCACUGCCGUACACACCUGGGUCACAUUCUGAAAGUUGGAGACACAGUUCUUGGAUUUGACUUCAGCAAUGCUAACUUAAACCAUCAGCAUUUUGAGCAGAUGAAAGCUGACAAGAUACCUGAUGUGAUGCUGAUCAAGAAAGUGUUUGACCACUCCAGGAGGUUGAGGCGUAGAAAGUGGAAGCUGCACAGGUUUGAUGGUGCUGAUGCUCUUGAGACAGAGAGUACAACUAAAGACUACAAUGAUUUCUUGGAUGAUUUGGAAGAAGACCAGGGACUUCGUGAGAAUGUCAAUAUUUUCAGAGAUCCCACCAAGAUCUCUGUUGAAGAAGACACGGAUGAUGAAGGGGCUCCACAGAUAAGCCUGCAGGAGAUGCUGGAGGAUCUACACAUCUCUGAAGAUGCCACAGGAGGAGAGGGGGCCCCAAUGAUGGAGUAGGCGUUGGUACUAAGGGGAGGGGGGCCCAUUGA